UCUCUAGACUUUUGGGGUCCCAUUUGAAGUUUAUGUUGCCUGCAUGGACAGCAGUCAUUUCUGCGGCGAGUGGGCGAGCGCAGGAAGAAUUCCCGAGGCCCGAAGCCGACGGCCGCCGCUUUGUCUCCCUCCAGUCCGGCUCCGAAGAGGAAAAGGGCAGCGCGGCGCCCCCGCCCCCCGCCCGCGGCCCCGGCCCCGCCCGCCCUUCCCGGCACCUCCCUCCGGCGCGCUCUUCCCGGCGCCUCCCGCCGUCGCCCCGCUUUCCAGGCCCUCGCUUUGGGGGUGAGGUCCCGACGGAGAGACGUUGGCGACGCCGAGGCGGGACCCCCAGGAGGACCUCUUGCUCUCCGCCCUUUACCCCUGAGUUACUUCAUCCCAAGGCCCCAGUGGGCUUUCGGGCCGGGAGUGACACCCAUCCCCGCUCCGAGAAAUGCUGAUGCUGAUGAUGCUGAAGAUGAUGGCAAUUUUUGAUAAUGAUGACGAUGAAGAUGCUAUCCUUGAAGACAAGGACCAGGAGGGAGCCCUUCUCUCAGAAUGGAGCCAGAGCCAGCACCACGGGCAAAGGGCUGAUCAGGAUGCAGCACUGCCUAGCAUGUGAUCUGAACUGGAGUUAGGCCACCUGUGACCUCCUCAGGGCUCCAUUCUAAUUGUUUGUGUGGCCUCACCAAGUGUCAAUUUCCUCACCUCUAAAUGGAAAGAUUACCUGA